AUGUCCCCUCCCAAAGAAACCAUCCUUCAUGUCUCUACUACUCUUUGCCAUCUUGUUGUACCAGAACCACACUCUGCAGAUUUCAAUCAACAAAUUGAUACACUACUUUUCCACCAUCAAAGUCGAUCAGUGGAACAACACUAUGGCAUCCCUAAUGAUAACCCUGAACCUAUAAUUACUAUCUCUGAUAAGGACUAUUUUCGUGUUGAAUCCCCAAUUUUCUUCUCUCCCAAAAAUGGAGAUACUGGAUUUGAUAUAGACACUCUACUCCUACCCCCAAAAUAUGACUUCUCACCGCUAUGCAUUAACACAAAUGAUUCCAACACUUUCCUUCCAGAUCCUGCACAAAUUACUUCCUUAGCAUCAUCAUUCUUCUGUGACAUCCCAAGCAUGAAUACCCACCCCCGGGUCCAUCCUAACUCCACCACUCAAUCUGAUUGUCCAAAACCAAACAAAUACAUCUAUCUUAGAUCCAUGACUGCUCUUUAA